UUAAAGCUGAUUAUGAUGAUUUUUCAAAAACAAAAAUGACAUUCAUUUUAAUCAAAUUGAAAUUAGCAGUUAAAAUCACAAUACCGUGCCCCUUUGUUUUAUAACUCAUGAGUCAAACCUCAUUACUUUGGACACAUCAAAUUAAGAAUUUACACACAUCUUGUGGGAGUACAUUUGUAUAUUGCUGCACCUCUUAAUGUACAUGUUCGUCUGUCAGAAUUCAGCAGAAGAAAACUUUUAUGUGAAGAUUUUAUAGUCAUAUUCCUUUAGGUAUAUAAUAUAUUUAGUGAUAACAAGAUAUGUGCAUGGUAAAUGGUUUGGUGUCUGCCAAGCACGUGGUGCACAUUCAUUGAUAGAUACUGAAAAAGCACAGGUGUAAUUGUAUGUUUUGAUAUCAAGCUUUUUGAUUGGUCAAUUCCAUCUACUGUACCAUUAUGUGUGUCCUGUGUUUGCAAAUAUGUUUUUGAAUUUAAAAUUAUACUGUUGGAAAAUAACAGAAGUGUUACUGGAUGUUAUAUGUUAUGGUAAACUGCCAUAAUUGUCUCAGCGUUUUAGACAUAGGCUUCGUAGAAAGCAUUAUUUGUUGAUGAACUAUUAUUGCUUUGGUAAUUUCUGUGUAGUUUGUUUUGAAAAUUAAUGAUCAGUAAAUGAGCAACAUGUAGAUCUACAUUAUCGUAUUACCAGGGCCCAGUUGUUCAAAAGACGAUUAGCUUAAUCACUUGAUUAAUGCUAAUCUCAUUCCUCCUUUACUUCAAAACCUGAGAGUUACUACUCGUUAAAAUGGUAAAAAAGGAAAAAACUGGCGAGUGUUAUAGUUUCAUAUAAUUUUGUCAGUUUUAUCAGAAAUGAUUUUAUCAGGAUAUUAGAAUUGUUGUUAAACUGUGAUUAGCCUAAUCACCUUUUGAACAACUUGGCCCAGUAGUAAUUCAUUAAUGUUAGAGAGUUUGAAGAGACAUUAGACAUGUAAUUUAUCAGUAAAACUUCUUUGACUUCUUUAUUUUAAAUAUUCAAUCAGCCCAAAAAAUAGUUUGUAAUGCAGUAAAACUUUCAAAAACGAACAGGCUUAGUACAAUUUUCUGCUUAUUAUGAAUUGAAUUAAAAUUCUGAAAUUUGGCUCAUCCUAAUAUAUUUUGAAAGUCUAUAAAAAAUCCUGAUAUAGCAAACUAUCCCCUCUCUGGAAUUCAUUAUAAACAAGUGUUAUUAUAUGCUGUUAAGGUGAAAUAUUCUUUGCCUUGAAAAUUUUAGACAAGUGAAAUCUCUUCUUAUAAAUUCACAAGACAUGCAGGUAUGAAUUUUAUGUUACCUUAUAUUCACUCUUCUGGGUUAUGUAGCAUUCGGAGGUUUCAACAUGGUGCCGUCAUUACGUCCCCUGGAAACCCUACACAACAAACUAACGAUGAGAGAUAUGGAUUUAUUCUUCGGGCGAGUCACCACUACCAAGUUUACCGCAGUGUCCUCCCCGCCCUAUGGGUCGUCAUCAACCACACCUGUCGUGUCGCCGAGACCACCCACUUUUAUCAAAGGUACAGGUAUCAGCCUGCCUUCCUCGAGUAACUCCAGCGCUGGUCCUUCAUCACCAACAUCAGGAUCAACACCAGUCGACCUCGUCAGUCAGCUUCGUCUCUAUAUCAAAGAGAUAGAUUCUGGUCAAUCAGAAAUGCUGACAGGACAAUCAGAAACUGAUUCCAGCCAAUCAAAUGAGUUGACUGAAAAUAAAACCGACAAUUUUGGUAAGACCUGUCCGGUGGUCGCGGACACUGAUGUGGCUAAAUCGUGUGAAUACACUGGAAAUAGAUUCAAGGUCAGUCAGACAGAGAACGGAACACUUCCAGUUAAGUCUGAAAAAAGUGACCAAGCAGAAGUCGCCGUUUCUAAAACAAACUGUCAGCCAGACCGGAUUAGUUCUGAUACACAAAAAUCAGGAAUUGGAUCAGAUACAAAAUCAAAACAGAUCAAUAUGGAACAGGAAGUGACAUCACACGAAGAAAGAAGUAAUACUGAGUGCUCUGGUGGAACUGAUUACGAUGAAAAUUACAAAGAAAUCGAAAAAACGAAAAAGUCAAAAAAUGAUAAAUUUGUAAUAGAUACUGUAAGUGAUGAACAACAUCAUUGUUGCAAAUAGCGGAAUCUCAGUUAUUCAUGAAAACGUUUUUAAUUGGUUUGAUAUGUUGGUGUAGACCGCCACCACAGUUUAAUCGAAGGAUUUACCUCUAAUAUGAAAGAUAUCUGAUUAUCAACAUAAAAAAAAAUAUUGUCACUGCCUAUGUCAUCGUAAGUGGUGAUGUAACUUAACUGCAUUGGAAUCUGUCGAUUUUUAGGUUCUGGUGAAAGUGAAACAAAGUUGGAAUAAGUUGUAGGGCAUCACAGUAUGAUAAGUUAUUCCUGUCGCUGAAUACCCACAAAACGUGUUCUCGUUGGAUGCUGAAUGGAGCAUCAUUUAUGGAUUUAUUUUUGUGUGCUUUUGCACAGCUAUGAUACUGUUAAAGAUAGCGACAUAGAAACACUAUACACUAAUAGAUAAAUAUCAGUAAUACCUUUUCCUAUGUAUUAACUCUCAUGGUAUAUAUAUAAUUAUCAAUUAUAAUACCUAUGUAGGAACUCUCAUGGUAUAUAUGUAAAAUUAUAAAUAAUAAUUCCCUUUCCUAUAUAUAGUAACUCUCAUGGUAUAUAUAAAUAUAUAAUUAUAAAUACCGGGUAAUAUCUUUUUCCUAUGUUGUAAUUCUCAUGGUAUAUAAAUAUAUAUAAUUAUAAAUAAUGACUUUCCUAUAUAGUAACUCUCAUGGUAUAUAAAUAUAUAUAAUUAUAAAUAAUGACUUUUUCCUAUGUUGUAAUUCUCAUGGCAUUUACCUUUUCUAUUACUGUAAAAGUCACACACAAUUUUUCCCUGUAGGACUUAAUUGUGUUAGACUUUUAACUUUUUACAUCUAAUUAUACAUGUAUUGGACUCGGUUGUUGGGAUGUGACAUAUUCUAUUAUGAUGAUUGUACAAGUUUUUAAGUGUGAAGUAUUCAAAUAUGAUUAAUGUACAAGAUGUUGAGAUGUUAAUUAUUUUAUUAUGAUAAUUAUGUGAGUUGUGGAGAUGUGAAGUAUUCUAGUAUGAUAACUGUGUGAGUUGUGGAGAUAUGAAAUAUUCUAGUAUGAUAAUUGUGUGUUGUGGAGAUGUGCAGUAUUCUAGUAUGAUAACUGUGUGAGUUGUUGAGAUGUGAAAUAUUCUAGUAUGAUAACUGUGUGAGUUGUGGAGAUAUGAAGUAUUCUAGUAUGAUAACUGUGAGUUGUGGAGAUGUGAAGUAUUCUAGUAUGAUAACUGUGUGAGUUGUGGAGAUAUGAAGUAUUCUAGUAUGGUAACUGUGAGUUGUGGAGAUAUGAAGUAUUCUAGUAUGGUAACUGUGUGAGUUGUGGAGAUAUGAAGUAUUCUAGUAUGAUAACUGUGUGAGUUGUGGAGAUGUGAAGUAUUCUAGUAUGAUAACUGUGUGAGUUGUGGAGAUGUGAAGUAUUCUAGUAUGAUAACUGUGUGAGUUGUGGUGAUGUGAAGUAUUCUAGUAUGGUAAC